AUGAUCUCCGCACCUCUUCGAUCAUCAGUAAGCUCAGCUGUUAGAUCAGCCGCCGUUUCUUCAAAGCGUGCACCUAUCGCUAGAUCUAUGGCUACUUUAUCCGAUGAGAAAAGACUCCCCUCUAAAUUUGGUGGCAAAUACACAGUUACCUUAGUCCCAGGAGAUGGUAUUGGUAAAGAAGUUGCCGACUCAGUCAAAGAGAUCUUUGAAGCUACAAAAGUUCCAGUACAAUGGGAACAAUAUGAUGUUUCAGGUGAAACUACAGGUGGUGAUGACUUAUUUCAACAAGCCAUGGAAAGUUUAAAGAGGAAUAAAGUUGGAUUGAAGGGUAUCCUUUACACUCCUAUCGAUCAAACAGGACACAACUCAUGGAAUGUAGCUAUAAGACAACAACUUGAUAUCUACGCUUCAGUCGUUGUAUGUAAAUCAUUACCUGGAUUCCCAACAAGACACGCAAAUGUCGAUUUCGCCAUCAUUAGAGAAAACACAGAAGGAGAAUAUUCAGGUUUGGAACAUCAAUCUUUCCCCGGUGUAGUAGAAAGUUUGAAAGUUUCGACUAGAGCAAAAGCGGAAAGAAUCGCUAGAUUCGCUUUUGACUUUGCUGUUAAAAACAACAGAAAGAAAGUAACCUGUGUUCACAAAGCCAACAUCAUGAAACUUGGUGAUGGUCUUUUCCUUAACACUUGCAGACGUGUAGCCGAACAAGAAUAUGGUCACACAGGAAUCAAGUUCGAGGCUAUGAUCGUCGAUAAUACUGCCAUGCAACUUGUCUCCAAACCCCAACAAUUCGAUGUUAUGGUUAUGCCUAAUCUUUACGGUACCAUUUGUGCCAACAUCGGAUCCGCUCUUGUUGGUGGUCCCGGUAUCACCCCUGGAUGUAACUUUGGUCGAGAAUACGCUCUUUUCGAACCUGGAUGUCGACAUGUCGGUAAGGAUAUCAUGGGUACCAACAAAGCCAACCCUACUGCCCUCAUCUUGUCCGCAACAAUGAUGCUUAGACAUCUCGGUCUCGAAUCCCAAGCUAAUUUGAUCGCUGGAGCAACAUACGAUCUUGUCAAAGAAGGUAAAAUCAGAACUGCUGAUUUGGGAGGCUCUGCUACUACCACCGAGUUCACCAAAGGUUUAAUCAACAGACUCCUCUAA